UCUAUAGUGUGGACGGACAGACAGACUUGCUGUCGCUGGAAUUUUAUCGCGUUGCGUGUAGUUAGGACACGAUGUUAUGUUCAAAUAUACAAUCGAAACACAGCAAAUCAAACCAACAUCAGACAAGACACAAAAAAAUAAAAAAAUAAAAGAAAUGACAAAUACAAAUACAAACACAAUGAAUUAUAUAGCCUAAUGAAUUAUAAUUAUUAUUAUAAACAUCUGUCAAAACUAUAAAUCACUUUUUGACACCAGCUACCUUACCGGUAUAUAUAGCCUAGCCUACUACUCUGGGGUUAUUAAAUAAAGCAUGAUAUUGUCUGUUUGUGUACUAAUAUUUCACAAGUUUAUUUUAAAAUGUUAAAAAUGUAUUUUGUUCCCAAUAAUCCGUAAACAUCUGUACUGAGACACAGUAGGUCUGAUUUCUACCGUUUUUUCCUAACUUAUGCCUCCAUUUCACAGGAGUGUAACUGACCAGAGAGUUACACUGAAUGUGUUUAUAUGGUAAAAAGGCUCAUUUGUAAGUUUUGUCAACUCAUUUGUCUGCAAAAUUUGUGCACAUGAGAAGAAAUAACCACACUUUACUGUAGCAACAACCAGGUCAGUUACUGUCAGGUAAAUGUGUGUGUUCAGAUUAAUGAGGAGGUUUUUCUGGAUCUUAAAGUACUUUAAAAGGCAAUCACUUUCGAAACUUCUGCCAAUUUUCAGAAUCGAUUUAUUUUCUUUCAUCUUUCUUAUCUUUUCCAUUUUUUGGGAACACAAACGUGUCACUGUCAACCAUUGCUUAUUCUGAUCACUUAUCCUGGGCUUUGUGUUGUUUUUCCUGUUGAUUUUAUAAAUGAUGCAUGUGUGUUUCCGAGGGUUAACGUUUGUUAAUUUCUUGGCUGCCAUUUGCAAAUAUUUGAUACAGUUUAAUAGUUUCUGUUUCGUUAUAAACAUUUGUUGUUUAGUGUAUCAGCUUUCCUCUUGUAUUGUUGUCAUGGCAGGGACAUUUAUUCAUCCGUAUUGAAGUUUUAAUAAAGUAGGUCCUCAUAAACCUUGUUUGCCAUGACUAUAGAAUUGUGUAAUUAUUUUGGCAGUGAAUGUUCUGGGUGUGUUUUGAAGAGCUGGAGAUCUGGAAAUCACAGACCGAGAGCAGCAUCUCUGAUACGAGCAGGAAAACAGCUGAACGUAGUGGAAAAUAAUGUCCAGCUGGAACAAAUAACAGGCUAGAAAUAACCCUUAAAGACUUUAAGACUGUCAGGACAAUUUCAUAUCUCAUAAAAAUAUUUCAAGACUGAAAAAGCUGCUAUCUGUCUCCUAAUGGAGCUAAAAUGGACACUUCUUUUUGGUCUCUUUCUGCCGUCAUCUAUGUUUAUAAGGACAACAGAUACGUUUGAGUCGACCACAGAUACGCUUAAUUUGUCUGAGAUACCUGGGUCUGAGAGCACAACUGAAAUACUUGCUACGAUAUUACCUGAGAGCAAAACUGAAGUGUUUGUUAGCAUCUCAUCACCUGAUAUGGACUUUCAGAACACUAGCUCUGAUUCAAAAUGUAAAGACAUCGAUGAGUGUAAAGAUCCAGAUGUUUGCGGCACAAACGCAGUCUGCAUAAAUCUUCCAGGCAGCUUCAUCUGCGAAUGUCACCCGGGUUACAGUAACUACGGCAACAACCAGUCAAAAUGCACCGAAAUGGACUGUGAUCAGUUUAAACCUCGACCUGAUGCAGAACACACACCGGAGAAGUUGAAGCAUUUGAUGUCACUGUUGAAGAACAGCUGUGAGUCUCUGAAUGACACACAGGGAGAACAUUUGACCGGGAAGGAGUUACUGGAGAACUUGUGCAAUUCAACUAAUGAACUCCUGUCGGAUGAAAAAAUCGCUGACGGCGAGACAAUGAGUCAGUUUCUGGACACGGUGGAGAAAGGCUUGCGUCUGAUUGGACCUCAGCUUAAAGAGCCUGUGAGCAGGAUGGAGACGCACAACACCUUCGCUGAGGUUGCAGUCAGGCGGGGUCAGGCUCCGCCCAGUGGGCGUGUCAUUCUGAGCACAGACUCCGCCCUCCUCAACUCCAGCUGGGAAACAGUUGUUGGGAAAUCAUAUCCAGGUUUUGCGUUUGUGGCGCUGGUCAGUUAUAAAGAUAUGAACUCAUCCAGCGAUCAGUUUCACACGAUGAGCAGAGAGAGAUCAGAUGAUAGAGACAGAAAAAUCACUUAUCAACUCAACUCGAAGGUGGUGACGGUGGUCGUCAGUAAUCCCGAAACCAAACAGCUGUCUGAGCCGGUGACGCUCAUCUUUACACACGAGCAGGAGAGGGCGGAGUCUGAGGGCGUGGCUCAUUCCUGUGUGUUCUGGAAUGAGGCGGAGGGGGCGUGGUCUGGGCGGGGCUGUGAGAGGGUGUGGUCUAAUGACACUCAUACAAAGUGUUCCUAUUCUCAUCUCAGUAGUUUCGCUCUGCUCAUGGCCCUCUACCCUGUCCAGGACUCGUUUGAGCUGGUGUUGAUCACUCGUGUGGGUUUAGUUCUGUCUCUGCUCUGUUUAUUUCUCUGUAUCCUGACGUUUCGGUUCUGCCGCUCCAUCCAAGGAACCCGAAACAGCAUUCAUCUUCAUCUGAGCGUGUGCCUCUUCAUCGCAGACCUCGUCUUCCUCUGCGGGAUCUCCAGCACUCACGAUCAGGUUGGGUGUGCGAUUGUGGCCGGGCUGCUUCAUUUCUUCUUCUUGUCUGCGUUCUGCUGGAUGCUGCUGGAGGGGGUUCAGCUCUACCGGAUGGUUGUGCUGGUGUUUCACACCACAGUUAAACAUCUCUACAUGUAUGCGGUGGGAUACGGAGUCCCUCUCGUCAUCGUCAUUAUCUCUGCCAUCUCUUUUCCGCUGGGAUACGGCACCGAUCGACACUGUUGGCUCUCUCUAGAUGGUUAUUUUAUCUUGAGUUUUUUCGCACCCGUCUGCAUCAUCGUCCUCCUCAACUGUUUCUUCUUCAUCAUCACUGUGUGGAAACUGGCCAACAAAUUCUCCAGUCUCAAUCCAGACCUCUCCAAACUCAAACAGAUCAGGAGUUUUACGAUGACCGCAGUGGCUCAGCUGUGUGUUCUCGGAGGGACGUGGGUCUUCGGCUUCUUCCUCUUCCAGGAGAACGGGACUGAAGUCAUGUUGUACCUCUUCACCAUCCUCAACAGCCUCCAGGGGGCGCUCAUCUUCAUCAUGCACUGCCUGCUGUCCAAACCGGUCAGGACGGAGUAUUACAACCUGUUUGGCCGUCCACAUAAGAAGAAAGCAAAAUACCGCGUCAGCCAGUCCAACAGCAGUCAGAAAUCUCUGCGGAGCGACGGCAGCACAGCCGAGUCACAGAUGUAAAGUGCUGGUGGGUUUUUACAAACGCUUCAAGGCACUUGAACACUUUCGGCAACAAAUUAAGACUUCCACAAAGGGUUGUUGUCAUCCGAUGAAUAAUGCAGAUGUGGGUUCAUCAUAUAGCCUAGUGCAUUUGCCAACGAGACAAAAAAAAAAAUGUAUCCAAUGCAAAUGCAAUUACUUUAUUAUCUUUAAUCUUUGUCUGUUAUAUUUCACAGUGUUAUUUCAUAUUUCACUCCUAAUAGUCUAUUUAUAAAUGCAUUAUAAUUAAUGCUAUAUCUAUGGAUUAUAUCUAGUCUAUACUAGAAUAGAUAUAAUGCAUAGAUAUAGCGGUAAAUACUAAUAUUUCCCAAAAAAUAUAUAUUAAAAUGCUUU